AUGGAAUUACAAGCAAAAGAACCUGUGGUUGCUAUCUUCCACCAAGACGCUUUCCCGGACGAGAUUUCCUACACGCCUCUUGAAGAUCUGAAGCUGCUCAGGGCUGAAGAGCAAACACUCGUACAUGAGCGCUCGCAAACUGCUGCAAACCCGUCCGACCAAUUUUCGCUAAUUGACAAGCACAUUAAGACUGUUGCAGUCAUUGGUGCCGGACCUGCUGGGCUCCCCACGGCCAAAUGGUUAAAAGAUGAAGGACUUUCAGUCACAAUAUUCGAAAGAAAUCUCGCCGCCGGUGGUACUUGGAUAUACGAUUCCACACCACCUUUGAACCCAACCUAUCCAUCUGAGAUACCUACCGAAGGUGCACAACCCUCUCUACCACCUAUUGAUCAGACCCUUCCAUACACUCAAGUAAAGGAUCUUGACGACGAUACCAUACGAUUUUUGCUUGAGCAUGCUCCACCGAAUCCAUGUUAUAAAUCCUUGGGCAAUAAUGUUGCUACGCCUUUGCUUAAAUAUAAGGAUUUAGACUGGCCAAAGAAUACACCGUGGUACACCGGACAUCAAGUUAUCUGUCAGUACCUGCAAAAUUAUGCCUCCGCUUUUGGUUUGAAUGAAGUGACUGAAUUCAAUACGUCAGUCGAAAGAGUCACUGAGAUACCUGGAGAUGGUGGCUGGCAUGUACUGACGAAGACAACACAAAAAGAAAUUAUAGAUGGUAGAGAUGUGAUCAAAGUGACUUGGAGCGCAAAGACCUUUGAUGCUGUUGUCGUAGCCACAGGGCAUUAUCAUGUCCCUUACAUACCAAAUUUUCAUGGUUUGAGUGAGUGGCAAGCCAAAUGGCCGCAGUCUGUUUCGCACUCCAAGAGCUAUCGAGUUCCUGAACCGUUUGAUGGCCAGAACGUUCUAGUUAUUGGUAACGGCACAUCUGCUCUAGAUAUAAUGCGAGAUAUAGCAAGCUACACGAACGAUUUGUACCAAGCCGUGCGUGACAGUCAACAUCACUUUGAUGAAAAGUAUCUUCAGCUGAGAAAGGAACUGUCAUCAUGGGUGCCCGCCAAAGUUCAAGGAAGAAAAGGUAUCAAGCAGUUCAUCGCGAAAGAUACACUUCAAAACUCUAUCAUAGAAUUUGAUGAUGGGCAGACAUUAACUGGAAUCGACCACAUCAUUAUUUGCACCGGAUACAUGUUCAACUUUCAUUUUUUGGACCACCUCCAUCGUGAUGAAGCGACUCAUCGCAAGUUCGGCUCGGCUGUUCCAACAGACGAUCAUGUCCUGGUAAAAAGAGGUGACCAAGUUUACAAUCUGCACAAGGAUAUAUUUUACAUCCCCAACCCUACUCUCAGCUUUGUCGGUGUACCUUUCCACAUUGCCACAUUCUCGUUUUUUGAAUACCAAGCUUUCGCCGUCGCCCGAGCCUACAGUAAACGUGCAGCUUUACCUGAUACCGCUACUAUGCGGCAAGAAUGGAAUGAUAGACUACAGAAAAAGGGUGGAGGCAGAGAGUUUCAUGCGUUAGGAGCAGAACUGGAGCAAGAAUACAUUCAGGAUAUCCUCAGUUGGCUAAAUCGAGACAGUGCCAUCUAUGGUGGUUCAGUCAUCAAAGGCCACGAUAGCUGGUGGUUUGAUGUUAAAUCUAAUGCUCUUGCAGAGCUAAAGAAAAAAAUGAAAACCAACGCUCCGGAAUGAUGGACAGACAUAUAUACAUAUUUUUAGUCAACAUACAGUCUAUCAGAAAUGAAAUAAAGUAGUUGACAAGUGAUAGCAAAAAUAGAAAAAAAAAAAAAGAUCUUUUGAAAAAGACGUGGUUUAUAUUUUAAGAGGAAGAAGUCCUUCAACAUUAUAAACUACUUUUGAAAAUGAUUUACCAAUCCAACUUCUUCUUGGGUGCACUUUCGCCAGCGACAGGGACAACUCGUGUUGCUUGUCCGUUGU